AUGGCCGCGAAAUCUGACGGUGCACCCGUCUCUCUACGAAACGCAAUCCCACCCGAGUGCCCCUCCAGGUCGGACCCGCGGCCCUCCCAGCGCAGUCCCGCCGAGCAGCGCUACACGCUCUCGGACUGCUGCUGGACGUUGUGCGCCCUUUUGGUCUUCUUCGCGGACGGGGCCUCAGACCUGUGGCUGGCCGCGGACUACUACCUAAGGAGGUACUACUGGUACUUUGCACUGACUCUGGUCUUUGUGAUAGUCCCGUCCGUGGUCGUGCAAGUGUUGAGCUUCCGAUGGUUCGCCUACGAUUUCUCGGAAACCGUGGAGAGCGGCACGGCCGCGGCCGCCGUGGUGGCAGCGUCGGGAGCUGCGGAGAGCGACAUCAGCACCAAGGACAGCGGCGAGCGGGGCGCUGGCCGCUCUGCCGAGGCCGGGGUGCUGCCAGGGCCGGGCACCGGAGGAGGAGCCCGGGGGUGCUGCAGAGUGUUCAUCUGGCUCUUCCAGGCCAUUAUUCACGUCUUUCAGCUGGCACAGGUCUGGAGGUAUGUCCACGCCUUGUAUUUGGGCGUGCAGAGCCGCUGGCAUGGGGACCCAGAGCGCCGUCACUACUACUGGCGCAUGAUGUUUGAGAGUGCUGAUAUCAGCAUGCUUCGUCUCCUGGAGUCCUUCCUGAAGAGCGCCCCUCAGCUUGUGCUGCAGCUCAGCAUCAUGAUCCAGGCCAAUCAGGUGCUGCCCCUUCAGGGGCUUUCAGCUUCUGCCUCACUGAUAUCCCUCGCCUGGAUGAUCUCCUCCUACCAGAAAGUCCUGAGGGACUCCCGAGACGAUAAGCUACCCAUGACCUACAAGGCAGUCAUAGUUCAGAUUCUGUGGCACUUAUUUACCAUUGGAGCUCGUACGCUGGCCUUCGCCCUGUUCGCCUCCGUGUUCCAGCUUUACUUUGGCAUCUUCAUUGUGGCCCACUGGUGCAUCAUGACGUUUUGGAUCAUUCAAGGCGAAACAGACUUCUGCAUGUCCAAAUGGGAGGAAAUCAUUUAUAACAUGAUGGUGGGCAUUGUGUAUAUUUUCUGCUGGUUCAGCGUCAGAGAGGUGCGCACUUGCUGCAGGAUGCUCAUCUACAGUCUGACUGUGUUCAUUGAGAACGUGGCACUCACCACCUUCUGGUAUCUGUACCGCAGCACUGGCGAGCGCCAGAGUACCUCAGACUUCUACGCCGUUGUCAUGGUGUGCGUGGUGGCCAGCAGCUACGCUCUGGGCACCUUCUUCAUGUUUGUGUAUUACUGCCUGCUGCACCCUGAUGGCGCAGUCUCAGGGUGGGGUUACAUUGUGGAGAAGGAGGUGCCUGUGGAGUCUCUGGCCUCGCCAGCCUCCAGCCUCCCUCCUGACCUGGUGAGCAGCCCUCCCAGGACCCUUCAGAGAACUAAAGGGUCAGACAGAGAGCAGGUGCAUGGAAUAGAUGGAGAUGUGUUUAAGGUGCGGCCACCUCGGGGAGCUCAGACCCCGUUGCCUAACCUCACACCAAGGACAGAGGGGCCCGUCAUCCGAAUAGACCUGCCCAGGAAGAAGUACCCUGCCUGGGAUGCUCACUUCAUCGACCGUCGGCUGCGUAAAACCAUCCUGGUGCUUGAGAGUGCUGCCCCAGUUACACCAAGGAUUCAGUACCGCUGCCUGGGUACUCCCAAAGAAGUGAUGGAGUACGAGACUACCGUGUAAUGUGCUGAAGGUGCCGUGACUCAGCUUGCUCCCGUGUGGACAUCCUGCCUUAAAUAAAAAUGGCAGGAGGAUGACUCUCACUGAGCAGUCAGUUUCAGCUCCACACUUACCUAAUGGCUCUCUGUACUGGGCACAAACAGCCAGAGCAAGGGAUUGAGUGUUGUGUGUUUACUUUCUAUAUGGGCAAGAUCCUAUGAUAUUGUCUUUUGAUGGUGCAUAUUUUGGUUUCUGUAUCAUUUCUCAGGUCAGGAUGUGGUACAGAAAGAGGUGGUAGGUAGAGGGGAGCACAGGCAGGCAGAGAAGUGGAGCUGUUAUCAGUCAGAGGCAGAAAGUCCUCCUCAGAGAAGGUGCUUCAGCAAAUCCUCUCCAGGUGGUCGACAACAGAGACAAGCCUUCAACAUGCAUGAUUAUUUAUGGCAGCUAAAACUGAAACAUCACCAAGUGAGUAGGUAGACUCGCACUGCAGUUUUAAACAGCAUCUUCAGUACACACAACACAGGUAGUGGUCUCCUGUAUCACAAUUUUCCAUAGCUAUUCACUCAUGUUGAAGGAGUCUCUGAAAAUGCUAUUUCCAAUCUGAAGGGCACACAUCAAAAGCAACAUUUGAGCUGAAUGUAAAAACAGUUGAAAAUGUGAUUAUUUGUGACAAGGCUUUGAGCAUUUUCAUGCUGUUAGUGGGAUUUUCAUCAUUCCUGUGAUACUGUAUCUGUUUUUUUGUUUUGUUUUUUUAGAUAAGCUAUCUGUGUGUUUACAAGCAAUCUGUUAUUUUGGGGACAUACCAUCACUAUUACGACAAGAUGCACCUUGUUCCAGAAUGUGUAUGUACUGAACAAUAUGAGUUACACUGCAUACAUGAUGUAUUCUACUGACAGGACUCAACAGUUGUAUUUUCAUAUUGCAUCCAUCUUCCAGAACAAAAGCAACACAACAGACAAUAAUUUACAUGUAAAAUACUGUAAAAUGAAGAGGUUGUUGCAGAGGGACAGCACUGUCUGUAUUUGUACUGUAUUCAAAUUUUGUUGUCUGAACAGUGUUUAAAGAAUAGCUGCAGACUCCAGACUCCUAAUAGAAUAGCUUUGAUAUUACUGAUGGUACAGGCAUGUAGUGCUUUUGGUAGCUCUUUAUUUUACAGGUCUGUUAUUUUUGUAAUAAUUUCCUCAAAAAUGUUUCAGAAAGAAUUCUGCAGUUUGGUUUAAAAGCAUCCAGAGAAAUUUUUGUGAAAACAUUAAACCGCGGUGUUAAAACCACUUGCCUAAUGUUGUGUAGGUCUCCUUUGCAGAUCUUUUGGGUCCUGUAAGUUAUGUUGCAGACCCUCUGUGGAUCGGGUUUGUGCUGGCACAGUGCUCUGGAGCACAAAUCCUAUUGAGAUCUGGAGAAUUUGGAAUCUGAGGCUCCUCCUUGGGCUAUUUGUCGUGUUCCUCAUUUCUGAGUUUUGCAGUUUUUGCAGCACGGUACAUACUCUAGUUUGAGGAGACUGCUGCUGUCAGAGGGAUAGGCUUAGUCUGAAAUGGUGUGUUAAUACCAGUCUUGAAGCACUGUGGGCAAAGCAAAGAUGAGAACAAAAAAAUUCCCUUCACACUGUGUCGUGAAAGCUUAUCAGCUGAGAUUCUCCCAAAGACUGAAUUCUGCUGACGACAAUCAGAAAAAGAUGACAAAAAAGCUUUUUGUUGCCAUUAGUGGGCAGCUCAAAAUGUUCAACUUCACUUUACAUAGAGAGGGAAAAAGGAGAGCUUGGAGAAAACUAAGCAAAAUCACAGGACUCUGGAAAAAUGUGAAAAUAUGGUAUUUUAUUUUAUUUUAUUUUAUUGAAAAGAAGUAGUUCUCCCAUUGUCUCUGAGGGGCAAAUAUUUGGGGGUUGUGAAAAAGUCCAAAAACACUAAAGUGAUGUUUAUUCAUGUGAGGAAAGUAGGACAAAACUCUGCUUGUCCUUUGGAUUGGAAACACAAAAGUUACAUCCAAAUGAAUUCCAGUUCACCUGUUAGUGGUUUUCAUUGUUAAGUUUAUAUAAAGUAUAUAUAAUUCAUUCAUUAUCCACUUAUCACUGGAAAUUUGUUUAUAGGCAAAUUGCAUACAGUUUUUCAUGUUUAUCUGACCUCCUGAUGGUAUGCUAUUUUUAAUCUAUAUAAAAAGAUUUCUCCAUAUGCAGAAUCUGUAGGCACAGGCCAUGAUUUUUGAUGCUGAAAGCUUUCAGGAUUUAAUGCCAAAAUGUAACCCAUCAACUCUAAUCUGAAGAUGAUUUAGCUUUUUAGCAGCU